AUGGACGUCGACGACUUUCCCACAUCCCCUUCCAAGCGACAGCGAACAGCAUCGCCAGAUGAAACCCGGCCUCUUUCCCAUGAUGCGAAUCCAGAUAGCGAAGGCGAUAGUUUGACGGUCCAGACUUCCACCGAGAAUGCUUCCGCUAUCCCAGGACUGGCUCAAUUCGAAGAACAAGCGCCGGAGACCCAGAACACUUCCAAAGAUGCGAACUCUCUCCUGGAUGCGCUGAUGCUCCAGGUCGAAGCCGAGGCCGACUCCUCUUCCGCUAUGCAUCUACCGCCGUCCUCGGCUCAACGUGUCGUUACCACGACAGAAGAACAGAAGACCGCACAAGGGGUUCCUGUCACUGUUGGCGUAGAAGUGCCUCAAGCAGCAGUACAAAAUGACCCCACGGAUACUCCUAUCACACGGACCGAGUCGAUCAGUGCCAGUGCCACACAGGGCACAUCGGAUACGCCAAUGACACAAGACACGGUUACCCAUGAUGCCGUGAUGAGUGUCAACCCGGACACAAACGUGGUCAUUCCGAUCGUGGCUAACACAGCUGGCGCCCCAGCUGCUCCGACUGUUUCAGAGAACUCUACCGACACGGCUACAGCAGAAGAGUCCCAGCCUCCUGAGACAGCUGCCGAUGGCGCAGAGUGGGAGAUUGACUCUUCACCUUAUGAAUCCUCUUCGGACUCCGAUUCCUCAGAUGAUACCACAUCUUCGGAUGAAGAUAGCGACGAAGAUGCAGACGGAGAGUAUUCAAUGCUGGACCCUGAAGAGGCUGCGAGACUGCUGAUGCAAGAAGACGGAGGUUCGGAUGACGAAGGAGGCAGAUCCCGGGACAAAUCAGACGGUGCUCAACUGCGGACAGCAAAUGAGCGACAGGAGGAGGUGAUACCGAAGCCCGAUAUCAUCGUCACCAAUGACAUGAAAAUCGAGGAAUUGGGCAAUGUUGAGUUCGUUGUCGAGAGCACAGUGGUCAUCAAGGCGAAGACGUCUGGAGAGUACCAAGUCCUCGAGCCCGGAUCCUUGAUCACCCUCGAAGACCGAUCUGUUGUCGGAGUGGUCGCAGACUUGAUAGGGCGAGUCGAAGAACCCCGAUAUACGAUCCGAUUCACCAACGAUGAGGCUAUCGCAGAGGCUGGUCUGUCGCACCCCGGCACAGUAGUUUUCUACGUACCACAGCAUUCCACCUUCGUCUUCACGCAACCGUUGAAAGGCCUGAAGGGCAGCGACGCCUCGAAUUUUCACGACGAAGAAGUAGGUGACGAUGAGAUGGAGUUUUCGGACGACGAAGCCGAAGCAGAGCACAAACGUCAAAUGAAAGCGAGAAAACAAGGAAGAGGGGGAGACUCUGGGAGAGGCCGUGGUGGAUCAAAGUUCGCAAGGGGCUCAUCGAAUCGUGCUGGUCGGGGAGCACAUUCCCACCAACCUACCGAUAACAACGGUUAUGGUAAUGGCUCGAUGCAGAUGAAUUAUGACGAUGUCCCGGACGCUGGUGACGAGGGAUACACUCCGCUCCAGAGACCAGAUCACAUGGCCGAAGCUUUGUCGAGGGGAGAGCAACCGCAAGAGAACACUCACGGGUACCACCUACCUCCUCCACCUCCGGUCCAGAACGGCCGAGCUGAUUUUGGGGGAAGAGGCAGAGGCCAUUCGAGAGGACGAGGCGCUCCACGAGGUCAUCGUGGCGGAGGGUUCAAUCAUUCUCGAGGUGGUGGUGGCUUCAAUCAUCAACAGCACAACAGCUAUACCAACACCCAGGGUGGCUAUCGAGCUAAUGCACCGGACCUCCGCCUGCCAACAACCCCAUCGAUCACUCCACAUAACAUCUCAUACCCUCCUACGACGCCUUCGCCCAUGACUCCUCUGCCCAAUGUCUCGUUCAAUUUUGGCGGGAUGCAAGCACCGGCCGGUGUGCCCUUCAUGCCACAGAUGCCGGUGGGAAUGGUCCCGUCGUUCUUUCCACAGUUCCAACAGCCACAGCAGCCGUUUCAACAGCAACAAUUUCAGCCUCCCGCUCAAAAUCAACAGGGCUUUGCUCCGGGAACCUCGGAGUCCAAGUCCACGUCGCAGCCACUCUACAACUCAGGGCCAUGGGCGAGCAAUCCUGCUCUUGCGGCAGCUUUGCAGAGAUACGCAGAAGAGCAGAGAAGGACCCAGGGAUCUUGA